AUGGCAAUUGGACCGAUGGUAAAUGGUAUAGGUAGAACUAUAGGAAUAAAAUGGGGGGUUAGUAGAACGUUAGGAUUAGGACUCAAUGGGAAUUUAAGAUUGAUUAGAACUUUGAGCCAUAAUACAUCAUCGAGUUUUGGAACUUUGGCAAUCAGAGGAUCAAGAAGUUUUCAUUCAACUACCAUAAAAUAUGAUAAAAGAGCAGAAUUGGGGUCUAAAAUCCUCAGUAAAGUCCCUAAAUUCAUGAAACCCUACACUAUAAAUUUCGUCAAUAGACCUGUCACCAAUCUAGUAUCAUUUCUUAUAUUACACGAAUUAACAGCUAUAGUACCCUUAAUUGGUAUAUGGUACGUGUUUUAUAAGUAUGAUAUAUCAGUGCCACUUGAUUUACCUGAAUGGGCAAUCAAUAAGGGAACAAAAAUCAUUGAUUCAUCAUUAAAAUCUUGGGAUUUGACCGAUUUUACUUUCAACGACAAAUUCAAUUUAAUUAUGAAAGGUGCUUAUGCUUACGUAAUAGUCAAGAUGUUAUUACCUGUAAGACUUAUGUUUAGUUUCCUUUUCACUCCAUUAUUUACAAGAUUUUUCGUUGACCCGAUUACUGGUAUAUUCGGUCGUAAAAAAGUCCCACCCCCUGUGGUAACUCAACAAUCUCAACCUGUUAAGCCUAAAAAAAUUGAAAAGCCAAGAUUGUAA